GCAGGCGGGCCCCGCCGCUCCCAGCCAGCGGGCCCCGGGCCGCCCCCGCCCCCGCGGGCCUCCCGCCGACCCCCCAGUGGCCGCCUCCGCCGCCCGGGGGCGGGGUUGGGGCCGCCCGACGCCGUUCAAACGGGCCAACCGCCAGGCGCGGAGGGAGGGCGGGCCGGCGCGCUGUCCCCGCCUGGGAGUUUAAAGCGCCAUUUUGUGCCGUGCGGCGAGAUAUCGAUCGCCGCUCCCCUCCCGGCGCGGAGGCGGCGGGGUGUGGUGGGGCGGCGAGCGUCCGGCGGCCGCCGCUGAGGUGCGGGCGGCGCCCCGGCAGCGUUCUGUGCAGCUCUCCCUUCUCGGCGUCUGUGCCGUCCCUCUGCCUCCAUGACCCGCAGCUGGAAGCGGGCGGCGCUGGAGGGAAAAGCCGGGAACAUGAACCAAGAGGCGGGGAGCGCCGCGGAGGCGGCCGCGGGAGCCCGGGCGGCGGUGACAGCGGCGGGGGCAGCCGGCGGCGGAGCGGAGCCCGCCGUUUGGGCGCUGGAAGGGGAGGCGGAGAAAGUUGUGUACUCGCGCUCGCAGGUCUCCUUCGCCGGCACCAAGGCGCUGGGCGACGCCCUCAAGCUGUUCAUGCCCAAGUCCACGGAGUUCAUGAGCUCCGACUCGGAGCUGUGGAACUUCCUCUGCAGCCUCAAGCACGAGUUCUCCCCGGUCAUCCUUCGCAGCAAGGACGUCUACGGAUACGCCUCCUGCCGCGCCGUCGUCCCCGACCCGCCGCCGCCCUCGGCGGAGCGGCCCCGCCGCCGCGUCGGCAAGCGGCGCGUCCUGGUCGCCGCCGCCAGGCGCCGGGCAGCGGCAGCGGGCGGCAGCGCCAAGCGGCGGCGGCGGCGCCGCAGGAGGGAACGGGGGAGGCAGCAGCAAGCGGCACCGGCGGCCGGCGGGGGCGAGGCGGAGGCGGCGGCGGCAGCGGCGCCGGCCGAGGAGGCGGACAGUGAGCGGGAUAGCCCGGCGGUAGCCGCCUGGGAGCCCUUCGGCGGGAAGUCGCUGGAGGAGAUCUGGAAGGCGGCCACCCCCCGCCUCACUACCUUCCCCACCAUCCGGGUGCGGGGCAGCGUUUGGAGCCAGCGGAGCCUUGUGGCGGCGCGGCGGUGGGCGCAGCGGGUCCUCGGCGUGGACCUGUCUCCCGUGGUGCGGGUGCGCCGCUUCCCCGUGGCGCCGUCCUGAGGCUGCGGGAGCGGGGGCAGGCCGGCGCCUCACCUUCGCCGCGGUACGGACAAAGGGACCAAUAUCAGUCACCUGUUUACAUUGCUUUUGUCUGGAUCUUGUUCUGCUGCUGCACUUUAUGGCUCGCUCGGGCGGGGGCCGGGCCCCCCAGCCGCACGGGGGCGGCCCACCUGGCCCCGGGCCGGGCCGCAGCGCCCCUCGGCCCAUCCCGGCCCACCGGCGCGCGGGGAGGCGCCAGCGACCGUCUGGCAGGUAUCGUGCGUGGGGACCAAGUUCCACUUCCACUUUUUUCCUCCCCCAUUGGGCUACCUCACUGGUCCAGAAGUCCACCCAAGAAGUUAUUUUCCAAAGGAACUUACUUUCAUGCUUGUAUAAUAAAGCACCAUCAUUGAUUCUUCCUGUCCCUGUCCCCACCCCCCCACCCCCCGCCCCC